CCGCCGAGGAUGAGCGCGGGCUGCGGGCGGGAACCCCCGCGGAAGAAAGCCCGGUCUGGCCCCGGCAGCCCCGGCGGCGGCUCCCAGGGAGAGCGGCAGGAGGGGCCCGGGGGCAGCAGCUCCGCCACCGCCGUGGGGAACAAAGUUUGUAAACAGCAGACAAUUACCAGUUGGUUGGAGAAUAAAGGACCCAAGGCAACGGAGUCCAAAAGCUUGCACAGCAAAAUUAAUAACAAUACUGAAGCAAAUCCUAAGAUGACUUCCGUUAAAAAAGAGAACUUUUGUGAGAAUGAUGUGAAAAAGUUAGAGAAUACUUGUCAGCAAAAUAAUGCAAAAAUAUCUGUGGAAGUUGGUGCAAAGCAAGUAAAUUUGCCUCAGACAGGCAGCAUGUGUAGCUGGGAGGCCGAGGAAAAAGAUGCAGUCUUAGAUACAGAUCCUGUGAAGGGGCUGCAGUCUGCAGAGCUCUUUAAAAAUGCCAACAUUGAUCAGAUGCACAAAACUGGCAAGCAGAGGGGCUGUGAAGAAAGCAGUGCCACUUGGACUCAGAGGAAGGUGUCAGCAGGCCGGGCUUCAAAAGCAGGAAAUUCCAAACCUUCAAAAGACAUGGAGACAGAUGGACAGGUGGCUUCAUGCAAUCCACAGAAGCUGAAGAGUUGCAAUUCUGUCUGUUUAACGGGUGAGCAAGAGGAGGGGGAUGUAGUUCCAGAAAGUCCACUUUCAGAUGCUGGUUGUGAUGCCUGUAUAUCUGAUCUUGGAGGUCCUGAGAAACUGAGCAAAUGUCAGAGCAGUUCAGGGGACUCACCUGCUUUUGAGAAAGAAAGUGAACCAGAGUCACCAAUGGAUGUGGACAAUUCUAAAAAUAGCUGCCAUGGGUCAGAGGCUGAUGAAGAAACAAGUCCCUUUCUGGAUGAACGAGAGGAGAUUAAUAUGUCAAAACCCAUAAACAAAUCUUUUAGAAUUCAAUAUGGGGAUGCUGAAUUGGAGUCAAGGAAAUCACGUUUUUCUGUCAAGGGCUGUGAAAGCUUUGAGGAAGUAGAUAAUUCUGUUAAAGAGGACACUCUGCAUACAAAGGCACCUGGGAUCUCCUCUGCUCCAUCAUCAGAAUGCAAAGGUGCAAAACAGGGUGUGAAGAGAGACUCCAAAAUCACUUCUCACUUCAUGAGGAUACCUAAAGUUGAGGAGAAAAGCAGGAAAGAAAAGUGUGAAUUCAAAUCCCAGAGGCCAGGAAGGAAGGUUGCUAAAUACACACCACCUCCUCUGCCGAGCAACAAGAAAUGGUUUGGAACCCCGAUUGAGGAGAUGAGGAGGAUGCCGGCGUGUGGGGCCCGGCUGCCCCACCUGCGACCCUCGGCCGCCCACACCGUCACCGUGAGGGUAGAUCUUCUGAGGGAAGGAGAGGUACCUAAACCUUUUCCAACUCACUACAAAGAUCUGUGGGACAACAAGCAUGUUAAAAUGCCCUGCUCAGAACAAAAUUUAUACCCUGUAGAGGAUGAGAAUGGAGAUAGAACGGCUGGAAGUCGAUGGGAACUAAUCCAAACUGCCUUACUUAACAAAUUUACCUGCUCACAUGAUUUGAAGGAGGCCAUAUUGAGGUACAAUGUUGCUUAUUCCAAGAAAUGGGACUUCACAGCUCUUACUGACUUCUGUGAGAAGGUGCUUGAAGAUGCAGAGGCUCAACAUCUGUUCCAGUCCAUUCUUCCUGAUAUGGUCAAGCUGGCACUGUGUCUCCCCAGUAUCUGCACCCAGCCAAUACCUCUGCUGAAACAAAAGAUGAAUCACUCCAUCACCAUGUCCCAGGAGCAGAUCUCCAGCUUUCUGGCCAAUGCUUUCUUCUGUACUUUUCCACGUCGCAAUGCAAAGAUGAAGUCUGAGUAUUCCAGUUAUCCAGACAUUAACUUCAACAGGUUGUUUGAAGGGAGGUCACCAAGAAAGCCUGAGAAACUUAAGACCCUUUUCUGCUAUUUUAGAAGAGUCACAGAAAAAAAACCUACGGGAUUGGUGACGUUCACAAGGCAGUGUCUCCAGGAGUUUCCAGACUGGGAGAGAUCUCAGAAAAAAUUAUCUAGAUUGCAUGUCACCUAUGAAGGCACCAUUGAAAGCAAUGGACAGGGUAUGCUGCAGGUUGACUUUGCAAACCGUUUUGUGGGAGGUGGUGUGACCGGGGCAGGACUGGUACAAGAAGAAAUUCGGUUUUUAAUCAAUCCAGAACUGAUUGUAUCAAGGCUCAUCACUGAAGUCUUGGAUCACAAUGAAUGUCUUAUCAUCACAGGUACUGAGCAGUACAGUGAGUACACAGGCUAUGCAGAGACUUACCGCUGGGCAAGGAGCCAUGAAGAUAAGACCCCUAGGGAUGAAUGGCAACGACGCUACACUGAAAUUGUUGCUAUAGAUGCAUUUCACUUCAGACGUUUCCUUGAUCAAUUUGGUCCAGAUAAAAUUAGAAGAGAGCUCAACAAGGCCUACUGUGGCUUCUCUCGACCCAACGUUCCACCUCAGCAUCUCUCUGCAAUAGCCACAGGAAACUGGGGAUGUGGUGCCUUUGGAGGGGACUCCCGAUUAAAAGCCUUAAUUCAGAUACUGGCAGCUGCAGAGGCUGGACGUGAUGUUGUGUAUUUUACCUUUGGAGAUGUGGAGCUGAUGCGGGACAUUUACAGCAUGCAUACUUUUCUCUGUGAGAAGGGCCAAACUAUUGGGGACAUUUAUAGGCUGUUGCUGAGAUACUACAAUGAACAAUGCAGAAACUGUUCUACUUCAGGACCAGAUGUCAAGCUGUACUCUUUCAUAUACAACACCCUUGAGUCCUAUGCACAUUCUACUGAUGAUGAGGAGGAGGAUGAAGAAAAAGGGUUGUGUUUUGAAGAUUAAAGUAAAUGUAUUUGAUCAGAAUAAUGUUUAUCUCCUCCCACUGGUAUAUUGUGUGAAUUGCUGGACAUAAUGAAUGAGCUGGCUUAAUUUAUAUUGACUGCAUUGGUAGUUAUGUAUAACACCCAAACAAAAAACCCCACAAACACCUUUGAGAGAUGAGAUUUAUUUGUUUGAUGGUUUGAUACAUGAAAACCUUGUUCAUGUGUGUACAGAGAAAAAUUCUUUGGUAAGUCUGGUUUGUGUUAUAUCUUGUUAAGUAGAAUAUUUUGGUACAUUUCACUUGAGAUUGCUAAAAGCCUUCAGAUUUCCCUGUACUCCUUUGCCUUUAUUUUUCAGAGCUCUUAUGUAGAUUUCUCAUGGAGGCUUACAGCUGGAGUACAGACAGCCAUGGAACUCCCUGGAUGAUGUUAGAGAGAAGCAUUUUAAUGAUUGUUCUUACUGAAAAUUGU